AUGUCUCAGGCACAACGAAUGCGUGCGGCAUUGGCAUCCAGCACCCCAUUUACACCUCCAGCGCUGGCACAACAGGGAGGAUAUAUGUCGCCAGCAGAGAGGACGAGAUUAUCAUUAGCAGCAUCACGGCCGCAGCAGGUUUCGCAACCACCGCGGCAACCGCCACCAGAGCGGCGGGCGAUGAACAGAGGGGGUGCCUUUGACAGCCCGGUACGAGGCCAGAACCGGGACAGAUUUGCACCUGCUGCUCGGAGAAUGGGCGAACGCAGCAACGAAUAUAGACCAGCUACAACACAGAAUCGGUACACGGUCAACAUGGACUCAAGACCACCCGUUAACUUGCCGGCAUUUGGCUCAGAAAAUUUGCGACGGCGCAACGAUCUCCAACAAGAACGCGGUCAAUUUGGACGAGACCAGUUAACGUCACCCAUGGCUUUGAGACCUAUGCCACAACGGAAAAUGUUAGACCAAGAGGAGAUAUCAAGAUUACUAGGGAAUACGUCCGCAGGGAAUCGGUCAAGGAAACCAUAUCAGCCCCUUGUGAGGGACAUGAAUGCGCAACGUGAGCGACCAGCACAGCGGCCGACACCGUAUCAGUCAACUCAACAAUUAGAACAACAGGCUUCAACAACACAGUCAUCCCGCCAGUCAGAACAACGGACCACAAUGUACCGGCCACCUCAGCGCCAUGAAGAGUCCAUAUCAGAUGCGGCCGAGGCUUGGGUGCAAAAGUCAAAGGGCAAGUUGGAGGUUGAACCCUCUUAUCAGAUCCAGAAGGACGAGGAAAACAGACGGCGGAACCGCUUUACAGCAGAUGAACCAGAAACAAGGAACCGAUACGAAGAGCCUGAGCGACGACAGGGCGGAAACAAGGGCCGGAGCCGGCGCAUGCAACGGUACGAAGAGGAAGACGACGAUGACCGCCCAACCAUUAGCAAACAAGAGCGCAAGCGGUUGAAGGCUGAAGCUAAAAAGGCUGCGCAACUCUCCAAGAACGAGCCGACACCCAUCUCUUUGCCCGAAUAUAUCAGCGUAGCCAACCUCGCGGGUGCGCUCAAGCUACGAGUAGAAGAUUUUGUGAGGAAGUUGGAGGACCUAGGCUUCGAGGACGUACAGAACGACCAUAUUCUCAAUGCGGAGCAUGCCGGACUCAUUGCGCAAGAGUACAAUUUCGAACCCAUCUUCCAGGCUGAGGAACACGACGGCGAUCUGUAUCCUGCACCACCACUGGACCCCGAAGCCUACGCCGAGCUACCUGCCCGACCACCUGUUGUUACCAUCAUGGGUCACGUUGAUCACGGCAAGACUACAAUCCUGGACUACAUGCGCUCGACGAGUGUUGCUGCCACCGAGUUUGGUGGCAUCACACAACAUAUCGGUGCUUUCAGUGUGCCCCUGGCCAACGGAAAGAAGAUUACUUUCUUGGAUACACCUGGCCAUUCCGCAUUUGAGACCAUGCGCGCUCGCGGUGCCAACGUCACCGACAUUGUUGUGUUAGUUGUUGCUGCCGAUGAUUCGGUCAUGCCACAAACUGUCGAGGCCAUCAAGCAUGCGCAGGCCGCCCAGGUUCCCUUAAUUGUUGCUAUCAACAAGAUCGACAAAGCACAAGCAGACCCAGAUGCUGUCAAACUUGACCUUGGCCGCCAUGGUAUUGAGAUUGAGGACUUUGGCGGUGACGUUCAGGCGAUAUGCGUGAGUGGUAAGACGGGACAAGGCAUACCAGACCUUGAAGAAGCCAUCACCACACUCUCUGAGAUGCUGGACCACCGUGCCGACCCCCAAGCUGCGGUCGAAGGAUGGGUACUUGAAGGUGCGACCAAGAAGUCUGGGCGUACAGCCACUGUCCUUGUACGGAGCGGUACCCUUCGCCAAGGCACCACUCUUGUCGCAGGUACCACAUGGACACGAGUACGUACUCUACGCAACGAAGCUGGUGUAACAGUCGAUGAGGUCGGACCUGGCGUAGCUGUCGAAGUCGACGGUUGGCGCGACCAGCCGAUUGCGGGCGAUGAGGUGCUCCAAGCAGAAGACGAGCAACAAGCCACCGCUGUAACUGAACUGCGUAGCGACAAGAUUGACAGGGAGCAGAUGGCGCGCGACAUGGAAGCCAUCAACGAGUCUCGCCGCCUCGCGCGUGCGGAAGCCGAGCGACGCGAAGCUGAAGAAGCCGCUGCCAAGGCUGGCGAGAAUGGCGAAGAAGUUGAAGCAGUGGCGCCCGCCGAGCAGAAAGAGUCUGGUCCGGAGAUCGUGUCGUUUAUCGUCAAGGGAGACGUGUCCGGAUCGGUAGAAGCAGUCAUCGACUCUGUCUCCGCACUUGGUAAUGCGGAAGUAGCAACACGCAUCCUACGCCAUGGUGUAGGCCCGCCCUCCGAGUUCGACAUCUCGCAUGCUGCUGACGCGAAGGGACACGUUAUCAACUUUAACACUGCGUCACCUGGGCAUGUGGUCAAACUAGCAGAGGAGAAGGGUGUGAGGAUUCUGGAAAGCAACAUCAUCUACCGGGUUGUUGAGAAUGUCAAGGAGCUCCUGUCCGAGAAACUUGCACCAAAGGUUGUUCACAAGGUCACUGCUGAAGUGGAAGUUGCAGCUUCAUUUGAGAUUAGCCUUGGUGGCAAGAAGAAGAUGACGGUUGCAGGAUCAAAGGUUCGCAACGGUGUUGUUCACAGAGGUACAAAGGCAAAAGUGCUACGUGGCGAGACGCUUAUCCACGACGGUAUCAUCAAUACGCUCAAAAACCAGAAGAAGGAUGUCGAGCAAAUGCGCAAGGACACCGAAUGCGGUAUCUCGUUUGCAGCAUUCAACGACUUCAAGGUCGGCGACCGCAUCCAGUGCUACGAUGAGCAUUUGGAGAAGAGGAGCCUGUAA